AUGAGACGUCUGAGGAAAGAGAGCAGGAACCAGUGUUCCAGAGGGAGUAAUCUGAACAGAGAUUACAAAGCAACCGCACAUGCUGGAUUUAGAGUGAUGAUUGGAAUUUGGAUUGCUGCACUGUAUCUGCUGGCCCCAACAGCAGGCGAAAAAGUUUGCUACGGACGACUUGGCUGCUUUUCAGAUAAACCGCCAUGGGCUGGAAUACCAGGGAGAUUUCUGGCAGGUUUACCCGACUCUCCAGAGAGUAUGAACAUCAGCUUCACCCUUUACACUAAAGAAACUAGAAAUAAUUCUCAAGUGAUCUCUGCGAUACAUUCCUCAACUAUCAAAGACUCACAUUUCUGCUCACAUAGGAAAACACGCUUCAUUGUUCAUGGAUUCAUGAGCACCGGAAAACGCGGCUGGGUGGUAGAGAUGUGCUUGCUGCUAGUGGAAGUGGAAGAUGUGAACUGCAUUGCCGUGGACUGGGCAGAUGGUGCAAAAGGCACAUACAUCAGUGCAGUGAACAACAUCCGUGUUGUUGGAGCUGAGAUUGCUUAUUUCAUAAAUACUCUUAUGAACAUGUUUCAGUACUGCCCUUCUCAUACCCAUAUCAUUGGGCAUAGUCUGGGUGCACAUGCCGCAGGAGAUGCAGGAAGAAGAAUAGGAGGCAUCAAAAGAAUAACCGGCUUGGACCCUGCUGGGCCCUUUUUUGAAGGCACUCCGCCUAAAGUCAGAUUGGACCCUACAGAUGCAAGAUUUGUUGACGUUAUUCAUAGUAAUGCGGCCCAAUUUCCUACUGUAGGGCUUGGAAUGGUUAAUACCACUGGCCACCUUGACUUUUACCCAAAUGGAGGCAGCAUUAUGCCUGGAUGCGAUGAUGUAAUUAUUCCACUGACUAAAAAAGACUGUCGAGUCUUCGCUGAAGAUGCCAAUUCUCCUAUAUGCCAUCAUUCACGCAGCCAUCAGUUUUAUUUUCAAAGUAUCCUACAUCCCAAUGGAUUUCCUGGAUAUCCCUGCAGGACAUAUGAAUUCUUCCGGUCGGGACUCUGCUUCCCAUGUCCCAGAGAAGGCUGCCCAAUGAUGGGUCACUACGCGGAUCAAUAUCCAGCUAAACUGGAGAAAAUAAACCAAAAAUAUUUUUUAAACACAGGAGCACACCCACCCUUCACUAGUUGGAGCCACCGAAUAUCUAUCAAGCUGUCGGGCACGAAGAAAGUGAGGGGGGAACUAAACAUAGUUUUGCAUGGUACAGACGGGUUCACAAAGCAGUACGAAAUUAUCUGUGGACUCCUUCAUCAAGGCAGCAUUUAUACCAAGUAUGUUGAUGUUGAAAUUAACCCAAGAAAUAUUACAAAAGUUGAAUUUCUGUGGAAUAAGAACAUAUUGACUCUGCUUUGGGCCCGACUGGGAGCAGAAAUGGUACAUAUAAUCAAUGAAGAAGAUGGCCAUGUGUCUACAUAUUGUGGCAAUGGAAAUGUGAAAUAUGGAAUUCCACAGUUACUUACACCUUGCUAAAUUGAAUCCCAUCAACUAUGGUUCCUGUGUUCAUAGAAUGUC